UUGUACCGUGUACCGUGUUCUGACCGCCUCGCCGCUCCUUCCGCUCAGUCUGCGGACUUUCACACAGCCGAGCGCCGCAGCGAGGUGCACACAGCGCGCUCUGCUCGGCUCCUCCAGCGCCUCAGCAGCGAUGUUCCACUGCGCCUUCUGGCUCUGCUUGUGCGUCCUCAUGCGUUCGAGUGGACUUUCGCACGGAACCGGCUUUAUUUACCAGUUUCCAGGGCUAACAGUGCAGCAUGUGAGCUCAGAACAGAGUGCUGGACCCCCAGCUGCUGGCGUUAACAUCAACUCUCCGCGCAGAAACUGGUGUCAGUACACGGUUUCAAAGACGGUUACAUGCCAGGUGCACAACGGCACAGAGACGACGGUGCAGAGGGUGUUUCAAGGAUGUCGGUGGCCGGGACCCUGCGCAAAACUCAUCAGUUACAGGGCACUGGUCAGACCCGCCUAUAAGGUGGCUUACCGGCAGGUGACCGCACUGGAGUGGAGGUGCUGUCCUGGUUUCCUGGGCAGUGACUGCAGUGAAGAGUGUAUGAACUGUACUGGUUACACUGACCUAAGCAGUCGUCUGAACACCAUUGAAUCUAAGAUCAAGUUGUUGGAGGUGGCCAGACUCCAGCCACCACUUGUUCAUAAGUUGCCAGAGGGAUCAACAGACAAUGAGGUGGACACAUCCAACCCCACCACUAUUGGGCCCCCACCCUUCUGGCAACCAGAUACUAGGGGUCCUCCAGGGCCUAUUGGACCUCCUGGUAUUCCUGGCUCAUCAGGCCCUCCUGGACCUGCAGGACAGAUGGGUGCUCCAGGGCGGCCGGGACCCACGGGCCCGAAGGGAGAGAGAGGCUUCCCAGGUGAAAUCGGUCUUCCAGGACCUCCAGGGCCUCCAGGGCAACCUGGUCUACCCAACUCCAUCCCUCUAAGGGGGGAUGUAUUUCAAGCAAUGAAUCAGGAUGAAACAAAUGAGGCACCUGCAGGACCUCCGGGACCGCCUGGCCCUUCAGGCCCCCCUGGAAUCCCUGGCCCACCUGGACCAGAUGGCAUGAGCGGCUUCCCGGGCAAAGCUGGAGUUCCAGGACGUAAAGGAGACCCAGGAGAAAGGGGGCCUCCAGGAUUAAUCGGAGAGCAAGGACAGCCUGGUCCAGUGGGUGCUAAGGGGCAGAAGGGAGAGCCAGGAGAAAGCCUGCAGGACGGUGACGGGAUUCAGCAGCUGAGAGAAGCUCUGAAGAUCCUGGCUGAGAGAGUGCUCAUUCUGGAACACAUGAUUGGCAUCCAUGAGAGCCCAGCUGAGGGCGGAUCUGGUCUGGAAGGUCUGCCGGAUCCUCUUCCUCUGCCUGCUGUGAAGAUCAAACGGGCCCAAUCCCACGCUCUCCGCUCCGGCCAACAGCAGACGAGAACCGUUUGACAUUUACAUGAAAGCUGUCACUCAUUACUGUCCUGAAUGAUCCUAUUAGGCCUGAUUGAAGGGCCUUAUCGAAACGUCCCGACUUUCCAGUUAUAAGUCAUGUGUUUUUUGCUGUACGAUGUUGACAAUUUGUCUUUUCUUUUUAAAUGUUUUUUUUUUUUUAUUUGUGUUCUUUCAAACCGGCCUGCCAGCUUGUUGUUGAGUUGUGGACGAAACACAACACACAACAGCGCAAAGUAAAUUAUAUCUUCUGGAUUUUUGGCUUGUCAACCACCAGAUCGGCUUGCAGGCUCUGCAGUUUGCCUUACCUGUAUCCGCAUGACAUUUCGAGUGCAGGUGUCGUGCGCAGACACGCUUCACCCGCUACUAGCCUGUCAGCAUCUCUCGGCCCGAUUUCAGCUCCCAGCUUGUUAAAGCCGAGGCGAGACAGGACGGAACAAAUGAGCCCCCCCGCCCACCUGGCAGCUCCAAAUAAAGCGCCGUCAAACCAGAAACAUCUGGAUGAUCCGCAACAAAAGCAACCCAGCCUGCUAUUGUUUUUGCACUCCAGCCCAGAAACACCUUGUUCUGAUUUUAGUAGGAGGUUUUCUAUCAGCUAAAUUGCAACUGUGGCAUUUAUUUCCCUUUGGUCGCCUCCUUUUCUUCCCCUGCAUGCCGCUUCUGCUUUGUGAGCCACAAUAACAGACGUAUCACUCCGACUCUCCAUCUCCGUCAGCACCGAGCGGUGUACCCCUGAGUGUCUUUACCGAGAGCCUGUCUGCAGAAGCGAAAUUAAUAAGGUACUCGUUCUGACAGCAAAUAAACACUUCAAAUCUC